GUUCUUCUAACAAAGAUCUCAAACCCUUGGAUUGAAUUACUCAGAAUAGGGCUGCUGCUCUGGGACCAGUUUGGCUCUCAUUUUGUGUUGACAUGUGGCCUUACCAGUGGUCCUAAAUCAGUGCCUUGUUUGUAGAGACUCCAUUCGUAGACUCCUACUCCACCUCCUUAGAGCAGCAGAGACACACUGGUCUUAAACCCCCAAAAGCUUUGUUAAAGAGCUCAGAGCAGUUUGUGAGAUUACUGAGAGCCAUGAAGCAUUUGGUCUUUGUGGUUUUGGGUUUGCAGCUGUCUCUUCAGCGGGCACAUUGCAGGAAAGAGGACAGCUGCAGGCCAGUAACAUCCAGCUUUUGUCAAGGUUUGGGAUACACUACAAGCCCCCAUCCAAAUGGAGUUAUAGGCUACAACCUGCAGCAAAUCGGUCAGAUGGUGGAGACUGCUUGUUCUCCAAACAUCGCCGUGCUCAUGUGUCGCGUCGUUGUGCCUGAAUGUGGCUCGGAUGACGACAGCCGGAUGAAACCAUGCCGUGCUCUCUGUGAGAAGGUCAAGACAGACUGCGAGUCUCCCUUCAGAACAAAGCGGUUGUACUGGCCGACGAGGCUCCGGUGUGAAUCUUUACCAGAGUCUAACUGUGUACAGAGUCAAGAGAGCCCUGUUACCCCAACAGUCCCUGCAACAUGUCAGCAGAUCACUGUCCCACUGUGCCAAGACAUGUCUUACACUGAGACUGUCAUGCCCAACAUUGUUGGCCAAACAACUCAGGAAGAUGCAGGCCUGGAAAUACAUCAGUUUUAUCCACUUGUAAAAGUGGAAUGCUCCCCUCAACUCAAGCCCUUCCUGUGCUCCGUCUACGUUCCUGCGUGUGUGUCAGGAAAACCUCGACCUCCAUGCAGAACGCUUUGUGAGCAGGCGCGAUCCGGCUGUGGAUCGCUGAUGAGCAAGUUUGGAUUCCCGUGGCCAGAAGCUCUCAAGUGUGAAGCAUUUACCACGGAGUCCUGUGAACGUGUUCCGGACUUCAGUGUUGCAGCAACAGCCCGUCCAACAUGUCAGCCAAUCACUAUCCCACUCUGCAGAGACCUGCGUUACACCGAGACUGUCAUGCCCAACUUUCAAGGCCACGCAACUCAGGAGGAAGCAGGCUUGGAAUUAAGUCAAUUUUUCCCGCUUAUAGAAGUGAAGUGCUCCCCUUAUUUGAAGCCCUUCUUGUGCUCUGUCUACGUUCCUGAGUGCGUGUCAGGAACACCUCGACGUCCUUGCAGAACGCUUUGCGAGCAUGCAAGAUCCAAGUGUGGACCGCUGUUGACCGAGUUUGGCUUCCCGUGGCCAAACUCCCUCAGGUGUGAAACGUUUUCUACGGAGUCCUGUGACCAUUACGGCGUGGGCAGCAGUGGGGGGAUCUGUGAGCCAAUCACCAUACCAGGGUGCCAGGGCCUGUCCUACAACCAGACGAUCGUUCCAAAUCUUCUGGGACACACGAGUCAAAGAGAAGCAGGGGUGAAGAUGUCCUUUUUCAACUCGAUCGUGCAAACCGUGUGUUCAGUGGACAUUCGCCUCUUCGUGUGCAUGGUGUACGCCCCCCAGUGUCUGGCAGGGGAAGUGCAGCGGCCCUGCAGGUCGUUCUGCGAGAAAGCCAAAAGCGGUUGUGAGCAUUUGAUGACCAGAUUUGGUGUUUCAUGGCCAAGUGAGCUGCAGUGUAACUCAUUCCCAGAAGAAAUGUGCGUAUCAGAAGACAGCAGACCUGAGAUGCUGAACGCUGUAGGUCUUCUCGCUAGGCUGAAUGCCGGUGGCUAUUCUGUUCGUGGCAAAUCCCUGAGCCUUAAGACAGCCCACCUACUUUUGACUCUCAUGGAUGCAGACAAAACUGGAGACCUGGACGUGGUGGAGGUCUUUAAACUGGAGCACUAUGUGGCUGCUGCCAGGAGGGAAUAUGUAGAGAGUUAUGAGAGUAUGAAUCCACCGUCCGUCACUCAAACCCAGAUGAGAAAGGCUCUGUCUGCUCGAGACUUUGAGUUAGACAAUGAAACAUUCAGAGUUCUGUGGAACGAAUAUCAGUCCAAAGGCGGCAUUGGAUAUGAUGAGUUUAUGAGAGUCCUGACGAAGCUUCAGAUCCUCAGAGAUCGUUUCAAGGCCCAUCUGUUGAGUUUGCCGUGUGACUGCCAGGUUGCCAGCUUCUCUCUCAAGCAGUUCAUGAAAUCAGCCAUAAUAUGAGCUGAUUGGACCCAGACAUGCAAUGUUUUUAGAAGCUGAGCUGUUUCUUUCUGAAUUUUGUCAGUUUUUAUGAUGCUGAAUGUUUCUUAUGUGUAUGUGUUUUAAAUAUAAAAUGUCAUUAAAAAAUUCACAACUACAGUAAUCGUUAA